AUGAGUCGCAAGAAUUCUAAUCCUUUCGAUGAAGAAGAUGUCAAUCCUUUUGCAAAUCGAGGAAGUGCUCCAUCAGCAAACUCAGGGCUUUCACCCCUUCCUCCUGAACGCUAUGAUCGUAGUGCAACAAUUGACAUUCCCCUUAACAGUGGAAAGGAUUUAAAAUCAAGGGAGAAGGAGCUCGAAGCUAGAGAGGCUGAGUUGAAGAAGAGAGAACAGGAACUAAAACGAAGGGAAGAUGCAAUAGCACGAGCUGGAAUUGUAAUUGAAGAAAAGAAUUGGCCUUCAUUUUUUCCUAUUAUCCAUCAUGACAUUUCAUCUGAAAUACCAAUCCAUCUACAAAGGAUGCAAUAUGUUGCAUUUACAACAUUCUUAGGAAUAUCUGUGUGUCUCUUGUGGAAUCUUAUUGCAGUUACCACUGCUUGGAUCAAUGGGGAAGGUUUAACAAUUUGGUUACUUUCUAUUAUUUACUUUAUAUCGGGAGUUCCUGGAGCCUAUAUUAUGUGGUAUCGCCCUCUAUAUCGUGCAAUGAGGACUGAUAGUGCUCUGAAAUUUGGAUGGUUUUUCUUAUCUUACAUGUUCCACAUUGGCUUUUGCAUCCUUGCCACUUUUUCUCCACCAAUUAUUUUUGAAGAAAAAUCUCUUACAGGUAUUUUGCCUGCUUUUGAUCUUCUCAACACAAAUACUUUUGUUGGAAUACUCUACUUCAUUGGAUUUGGAUGUUUCUGUGUUGAAUCCUUGCUCAGUAUUUGGGUUAUUCAGGUUUCAAAGUUGCUCGAGCUUUAACAUUUAUCAUCUAUAUAUAGAUGUUCCACGCAGAACUACAAUGCUCCAUUUUCCAAUUUAUAGCCCUUUUCCUGAACAGAAAUAUUUUUCUUUCCUUAUUCACUCUCAAAACAUUGUUUCUUAGCAAACCCGAAAAAAGCACACACACCAUGGUAUGCUUUUGCUUUCUCGUUGAUCAGACCCGCAAAAUUCAGAGAAGCAAGCCGGUGGCAGGGAUUUGCUCACGAUGCGGUGGUGGAGCCAGCGUAGCAGACGUGAAAAGUUGUACAAGAGUUUGUUAUGUGCCAUUUUAUUGGAAGUCUUGGAGAGCUAUUAUAUGUACUUUUUGUGGAGCUAUUCUUCGAUCUUAUUGAUAGUAAACGAGUUGAGUUUUUGAUUU